AUGGAAUCAUCAAUUUUUGAGGUUGAUGGGUCUUUAUAUGAAGGGGGUGGCCAAAUAAUGAGAGUCGCUUUAUGUUUAGGGAUUAUUAAACAAAUUCCAGUCACAAUCAAAAAUAUUCGUGCUGGCCGUGAUAGGCCUGGUCUUGCCCGAAGCCAUCUUGCUUCAGUUCUGAUCUUACAGCAAAUCUGCAACGGUCGCUUAGAAAACGCAGAGCUUGGGUCGACUACAUUAACAUUAUACCCUAGCCAAAUCUCUUCAGGGACUUUUAUAGCUGAUUGUGGCUCUUCAGGAAGCAUAACCCUUAUGCUCCAAGCAAUCCUUCCUGUAUUAAUAAAAACUUCUUCAAUAUUGAUUUUACGUGUACUUUUAAUUUAGGGCGGCACUGAUGUCCCGUUUUCUCCAACGACACAUUUUAUUCAAAAUUCUCUGCAGCCAUUUCUAAAUAAAAUCGGGGUAAAAUUCAGCUAUGAAGUAAAAAGGUAUGGAUUUAACCCUAUAGGAAGAGGAGAAGUAGAAGUUCGUACUGAGCUUUGUGAGGAAAUUAAUGGAAUUGAUAUUUUAUAUAAUAAAAUUUCAAGAAAUAUUGAAGCAGAAAUAGUAUAUAGCAGAAAAAGCAAAGGAAAUAUGAACUAUGAUGAAGAAAUAAGGAAAGUUGUUGAGAGAGUUGGUAAGAGAUAUACAGUAAAUGAGCUAGAAGUUAAUAGAGAAAUAAUAAGUGUAAGAGAAGUCGAUGCGGAAUGCCAUGGGGUAGUGGUAAAUGUAUGAAAUAAAAGCGAAAAUGGAUGCUUUUACCACAAAUCUGAGGUUGGAAUUUUUAAAGGAAAAAAUGAAUGGGAGAAACCAUGUAGAGAUCUGAAAAAUUGCAUAGAAUCGGAAGCUUGCAUCUGUGAAGAGUUGCAGGACCAGCUUUUAAUAUUUUUAGCAAUGGCAAGUAGCCCUUCGAGAAUAAAAAUUAAUCAGGCUACUGAUCAUUCUUUAGCUGUAAUUGAGUUAAUAAACAGGGUUGGCUUGGCAAGAAUUUCAAUGAAUGAAGGGAUUUUGGAAAUAAUUCCGCAGUCUAGGUAA